UGUGUCUCGUCACCUACUGCGACGGGAGAAGUACAGAGUGUUUCCCUAUUUGCUCUUUGCAACAGGGGAAGUGUGAGGUUUAUCGUAGUUAGAAGGAUAGAAGAUGGGGAGUAACAGGAAGAGUGAUGAAGAGUGCUCCAGCAGAGGAAUGGAGGACCUGGAGGUGAAUUUGAUCUAUCGUAGUAAGGAGGAUAGAGGCCUAGCUGGAGGUACACUAGCAAGGAAGAUAAUCUCUGAUAAGAACAUGAACUCUACGACUAUGAUACAGAUGAUUCGGAAAGGUUGGAAUCUGCUGAAGCAUGAAGAUCUAGAGAUUGUAGAGGUGGAGCGAAAGGCGUUUAUAUUUGAAUUCAGACGAAGAGAAGAUUAUUUGAGGAUUUUGCGUGGUCGUCCCUGGUCGAUCAAUGGAUUACUGUUGAAUGUUCAAUGUUGGGAUGAGGAGAUGGUUUUUAGUGAAGUUGAUUUUAAUUACUGUACCUUUUGGAUUCAGUUUCAUGAUAUUCCAUUCGCUGCAAUGGACAUUGAGAAUGCUAAGAAACUCGGAGGAUUGGUUGGUGAUGCUUUGUUGGUUGAGGAUCCAAGAUCUGAAGGUUUACUCUCGAGAAGCUUUCUCUGAGUGAGAGUUUUGGUGGAUCUAAGGAAGCCUUUAGUGUCUGGUAUGUCAGCACCAAGAAAAAAAUAAAAAACCUACUUGGAUU